AUGGCUUCGACGCGCCGGAGUGUAUCGUUCGGCACGGGGCUACCUGGCGGGUCCAAGACGUUCUACGAGCUCGACGCGACGGUUGUUCAUCCGCCAGACUACAUUCUGCCGCGUAUCCCGCUGUUGGCUGUCUACGGUGCUGCGUACCUGCCAUGCAUGCCUGUCCUUGCCGCCGCUGUCUCUGACGCCCCGAGAGAUGGGCUGCUUGAUCUGGGCGUACCGGACGAUGUCAUCGAGGCCAUGGAGAGAUACGCGGAGAGCAAGGACAUCGAGCUGUGUGGAGCACUUGAUGUGGCCGUCAUUCUGCAUGCCUCGCCUAUCCGCCAAGAGUGCCAGAAGUUUGUCUGCUCGUCCACGGCCGAGAUCAACAUGAUGUACCACUUGUGGGCUCCUGCUGAGCCCAUUGCGGCCAUCACGCCUGAGAUCCUCUUCACCAUCCCGCUUGCUAUGGGAGUAUUUCAUCCCCACCUUGUCCUCCCUGCCCAUCUGGAUCUGCUCGACGCCGGCAUCGCCUUUGGCGCUCUGGAGGAACGAUCGGUCGUCAUUCACGACACCUGCUUCUCGCCCGAGAACGCCAUGCUCGCGCUCGACGACGCUGCUGCUGCGCCAGAGAUCGGUGACGACAUCGCCUGGUUCUGGUCUGCUGCCGUCUCCUCCUCCGGCCGCGCCGUCGCCGUCCGCCACUUUGCAUCCACAACGGCAGCUGCUACGCCGCGCCCGCUGGUGGAAUUGGUGCGUGAAGCGGUCGAUGGUGCGCCGCAGACGGCAAGGGGCUUGGCUGGCUGGCUCCUCCUCUCGUACUUGAUCUCGCUCCUCUCGGGCGGCGCUACCUGGCUGGCGCUCAUUCCGGGCAGAACCAUUCCGCCGCAUCUUUAUGUUUGGAACCUCGUGACGGCGCCGUGGAUUGAGCACUCGCUUGUGGGAGCCAUCGUCGACGCUACCGCCAUGCUUGUGAUGGGCGGCGUCGCCGAGAAGCUCUGGGGCCGCACAGAGUUCAUCCGCUUUGUCGUCAUCAUCCCCUCGCUCGCCAACGUCUCCAUGCUCUUUGCCCUCCUCGGCGGCUUUACCGCAGGCACCGGCGCCCUCGCUGUCGUCCUCAAGCAGAUACUCCCCGAGCGGCCCAUUCCCAUUUUUGCCUCGUUUCUCCCGCCGUCGUCGUCGGGUCCGGCCUUCGCGCUCAUCCUCGACGCCGCCUUCUUCUCGCACUCGAUGCUGACCCUUGUCGAGGGCGCCGCAGGCGUCGUUGUCGCAUGGACCUACCUCCGCUUCUACCAAAAGCACGACAACGGCGUCCGCGGCGACUUUUCCGACUCGUUUGCCUUUGCCUCGUUCUUCCCCGACGCUAUGCAGCCUGCGCUCUCGGCUGUUGGCGCCAUCCUCUUCCGCGCCCUCGUCGCUUGCUCCGUCUGCACCCCGCGCGCCUCCAUGGUCGACUCCACCGGCGAGUACCAGGCUGCCACAGACCCGGCCGGCUCGCUCUUCCACCUCGCGCCCCACGCCCAUGGCUCAGCUCCGUCCCUUCCCGGCCACGCCACCGCGAACGGCACCUCGAGCCACAUCUCGCCGCCCUUGGUCCCUGCCGCCACAGAUCCCGGUGCGUCCUCCGACGUCGUAACUGCCGAGCGCCGCCGCCAGACUGCUCUCAAAAUCCUCGAGGGCCGCCUCGAGCGCAUGGCCGCCGCAGAACAAUCGUAG